CGGAGUGCGAGUGCGUGUCCGUCUCCGUGUCCGUGUCCGUGUCCCCCCUCUUGCCGCACUGUCUUAUGCCAAAGCGAAGAGAGACACACACACAAGACAGAAGGCAAUUGAAAAUGCGAUUCAUAUCGACACCAGCCACAACAACAACAACAACAGCUACAACAGUUCCAGCAAUCUCAAUAAAAGCAACAACUAGAAGAAUAACUGCGAGUACGAGUACAGCAACAAUUACAACAAUCUCAGCUGCAGAAGCAGGCUACAACACCUGCCCCGCACCGCCAGCCCCCGCAGCCUGAGGCUCAACACCAACCCAAGCCCCACCCCCACCCCCAACCCAGAAGUGAUCCACGGGCGAGAGAAGGCAACAACAUGUCAAGCAUAAUUAAUUUCCGAUUCUGUUGUUACGAGCACUGCCGCCAAUUUCUGGCACCACCCGCCGCCCCGUCUGGGUCUGGAAGCGCCCCCGAUCUGGAAGUGUAAUUACGGUCAUAAUUCACCGGAGCAACUGCAACACGCAACAGCAAUAGCAACAACAACAACGGGUAGAGCACCCACCACUGGACAGACAUUCGCAAUCCAAAAACAAUUCAAGGAAGAGCAUUGGAGGCGGAAAACUAAUAGAGAUUUCUGAAGAACUCGAUCGAAUUGUGAAAAUGUGUUGCAAAUCGAGUGGCAAGUGGAAACCUUGUGGCCCGUCUCCCAGUGGACAGCAGCCAGAAUCAACAUCAACAUCAACUUUGAGGCGGCAAACACAUUGGAGAACAAUUCUCGCACUGAUCCUGCUCUCGAUGCUCCCACUGCAGACGACGACUGCCGCCGGAGUCGGGGAUAGUCUUCAUGGCGAUCUUCUGUCCUGCUCGGUCGAGGGAGAGGAGGUUCUGACGGGCAUCCAGAAUUCCAAGUGCUUCAAGUGCAUCUGCCAGAACGGCUUUGUGAACUGCGCCAAGACAUGUCCGGCCAUCGACGACUGCUACCUGCUGGAGUCCAAGCUGGAGUCGAGCGACCCCUGUUGCCGCAAGUGUAAAGGUUGCAUCUUUCGUGGGCUGCCCUAUGCGAGUGGCGCCGAGUGGAGCGACCCGGAGGAUCCCUGCAAGACGUACAAGUGCAUCGCUAGUGUUGUCACCGAGACAAUACAAAAGUGCUAUUCACAGUGCGACGACAACCAGCUGCAGGCGCCGCGUCCCGGCGAGUGCUGUCCCACCUGUCAGGGUUGCAAGAUCAACGGACAGACGGUGGCCGAGGGCCAAGAGGUCGUCGCCUCGAUCGACGAUCGCUGCUUGGUCUGCCAGUGCGGCGACAACCAAUUGACUUGCGCCAAAAAGACCUGCCCCAUUCUGCAGUGCCCCAAGACGAAGCAGAAGCAGCACCCCAACGAGUGCUGCCCCCGCUGCACGGAGCAGCGUGUCUUCAUACCAGUGACAGGAAAGUGCAUCUUCAACAACAAACUCCACUAUGACAAGACGCAGUUCACGCCGGAUCGCUGCACCAACUGCACGUGUCUGAACGGCACCUCCAUCUGCCAGCGGGCCACGUGCCCCAUCCUGGAGUGCGCCCCGGAGUUCCAGGAGGACGACGGCUGCUGUCCCCGCUGUGCGGUGGCCGAGGUGCGCAGCGAGUGCAGUCUGGAGGGGAUCAUCUACAAGAACAACGAGACGUGGAACAUGGGCCCCUGCCGGAGCUGUCGCUGCAACGGCGGCACGAUUCGCUGCUCGGAGAUGCGCUGCCCCGAGGUGAAGUGUCGGGCCAACGAGGAGCUGAAGCUGCCGCCGGGCGAGUGCUGCCCGCGGUGUGUGGAGACGGCGGGCACCUGCACCGUCUUCGGGGAUCCGCACUUCAAGACCUUCGACGGGAAGUUCUUCAGCUUCCAGGGCAGCUGCAAGUACCAGCUGGCCGCCGACUGCCAGGGCCACAGCUUCCACAUUCGGCUGACGAACGACGGCCGCGGCACGAAGCGCUCCAGCUGGGCCAAGACGGUGACCCUCAAGCUGCACAACCUGCGCAUCAAUCUCGGCCAGAAGCUGCGCGUCAAGGUGAACGGCACGCGGGUGGCGCUGCCCUAUGCGGGCCGUGCCGGCGACCAGAACGUGACCAUCGGGCGGCUGGCCGAGGGUGGUGGCGUCCUGCUGCGCUCCGAGCUGGGACUGGCCAUCGAGUGGGAUGGCAGCGGCUUCCUGCAGGUCUCGGUGCCCGCUCACUUCAAGCAUCGGAUGUGCGGCCUGUGUGGCAACUUCAACGGCAGCGGGCGCGACGAUCUCACGGGACGCGACGGGCGGCAGCACGGCGACGACGAGGUCUGGCACUUUGCCAACUCCUGGAAGGUGGGCGGCCCCAAGUCCUGCUCCCGCCCCCGCGAGAACAUCGCCGCCCUGCCCACGUGCAACAAGCGGCGGUCGAGCUUCUACUGCCAGCCGCUGCGCGUCUCGGAAGUAUUCGGACACUGUGAUAGUAGGCUUAAUCCCAUCAACUACAUCGACUCCUGCCGCAUGGACGUCUGCGAGUGCCCCUCGGGCAGCUGCCACUGCGACAGUUUCGCGGCCUACGCCCACGAGUGCCGCCGCCUCGGCGUCCAGCUGCCCGACUGGCGCACGGCCACCAACUGUCCCGCUGGCUUCAGGCGGAAUGCCACUCUCGCGAACUUCCUGGACAACGAGUACUACGGGGACAGCUUGAGGCGGUUUCCCGGUCCAAACUCCUUCAAGGGACGGCGACGCAAGCAGCAGCAGCAGCAGCAGCACCUUCAGCAUCUCCAGCAGAGGAGCAGGCAGGGCCAGCAUCAGCAUCGUCAGCACCAAAAGCAGAAUCAGCUGCUGGACAACGAGUUCAUCAAGAAGCAUGUCCCCAGCAGCCUGCUGCUGCAGCAGCGUGCGCCGGAUCGCACGCCGCCGCCACUCCACUGAGAGAGAGAGAGAGCCGCUGCCCUUCUGCUCUGCCAUAAGUUACUACACACACACACACACACGCACACGUACACUCUGUCUCGCACAGAUUGACUCUCCCACACGCGAAGACAACUUUUCGUGGCAUACUUUUAGUGGCGCGAGAGGGAGAGCGAGAGAGAGCGAGAGAGUGGGGGAACUUUUAGUUGAAUUCGCUCCCAUGACAGACAGACAGACAGACACGACAGACACAGGCAGCAGUAUUACGCUGAAGCAUUGCGUACAGUCCUCUGGAAACAGGCAGACACAUGCAUAUAUCCUGAUAGAUAUAUAUGUACUAUAUACAGAGAUAUAUAAUGUAUAUGUGCGUGUGGAUGCAAUGCACUAUCCAUCAACGAAACUCAUCCUCCAACUGUCGCCAUUUCGCAUAGAGCCUAAGUUUUAUUUAUUUUAGCUUUAGUAAAGGAAUUUUCUUGAUUAGAUCAAACAUGGAUGUAUUUUAUAUUGUUGUGUGUGUGCCCGAUUUUGUAUUUGUAUUUGUAUUCCUGUAUGUGUGUGUGUGCACUAAGUUACGCUAACUGACUAACGGAAACUCUUACUCCUAGUUUUGUACUCUCCUAGCACGGCCCCUAGCCCCCUAGCUGGCCACGUGUACUUAGCGUUAGCACCGAAAGAAACCUAGCUAAAGUUUGCUUAAAAUUUAAGCCCUAAGCCUAAGUUCCCCCACCCCCAAAACAGCACCUGGAACACCUACUACUACAAUACUUACUACAUACGUGUGAGAAUAGCACAAAACAGUAUUUUUGCUUAGUUAGAAUCCAUAUCCAGUCUGGAUCCUGCUCUCCAACCUCACUCUAACCCCGCUCAAAGACGCAGAACAAUCCAGUUUCCUGUUCCGCUUAACCUUAACCCCCGUUUACUUUUUACCCCCAAAACUGUGUUAAUAUUUAUAAACCCCACAUACAUAUACAUAUGUAUAUGAAACUACUUCUACUACUCCAACUACUCGUAUUUAUGCACUUACUCUUAAUGGUAACUCGUAAACUUAAACGUAGCCCCGAUGGAAUACCGAAGGAUGCUCUUUGCCAUUUUCCAAUUAUAGUUACAGAUUUAUCGAGUUGAAUGAACCUUAAUGUAAUUUACCUAACUAUAAAGAUACAAGAUACAAGAUACUUCUUGGAAUAUACUUAGUAGUGAUGGCUGGAUCUGUACAUUUGCCAGACAAGAUAAAUAUCCUAAGAGAGGAGGAAAGAACGAACGGACAACCCAAUGCAACAAUUGCAAAUGGAUAAAUGAAAUUCAAAUA